AUGGAAAAUCUCCUUAAUAUGUCCCACUUUUAUCUAUUAUUCUUUUUGGUCCAUCAGAGGCCAGCAGAAAUAGUAGAUGAGGAAGAAGAUGGAGAGAAAGCAAGUGAGGAUACAGAACCGAAAGAAGACUUCUCAGGAAUGAAUGGUGAAGUUGAAGAUGAAGGAGGAAGGGAGGCUACAGAAGCCACUGAGCAAGUCGAGGAGAUCCUGGAUCACAGUGAGGAGCAGGCAGGUCCCGCUCGUGUAAGUGGAGUUACCGAUGAAGAAAAUGGCGAGGAACUGGAUCAGGCUAAUAAUGAACUUCAACCAGCAGUGGACCAGGAAAGAAAGUCUCAAGGGGCUGGCAGUGGACAGGAUGAGGCUGAUUUAGACCCUCAGAGACCACCGAGGCCAGAAGUAAAAAUCACUAGUCCACAAGAAAAUGACAACAACGAACAAAACAAGGACUGNGGCCAGAAGUAA